CUUUUCAAUAAGUGCAGCAGUGCCUGUCAUUUCUUUUUAUAUUUCCUUCUCACUGAGUGCAAUACUAAAUUAUCAUACCCGUAUUGGGGCGGUGGCUGCGGAGAACACUAAUCAUGUUCUUGCUAUUACACAGUAAUGCACCAAACAUGCCAAAAGUUAGCGGCUGCUACUUUACCGGGCGCCAUUUUUAAAAGGUUUCUGUCUGGUAAGACGCUUUUAUAGUGCCAUUUCUUGGCCUUGCCACUGUUCUGCUAUGGUUACAUUUCCGAGUGAAGACUGUAAUAGUUUUGCUGCCAAUCAACUUGGAACACCAAUUGCAUAGCAGAGAUGGCCGACGAUCGAACAGAGGAUCCUACGUUGCUAACUAAGUUGCAAGGGGUAACGAUAUUCGACAAGCCAUCGAGUGAAGUGAUUGGUCCAUCAAAGGUAAAAGAGCUGACAGAAGUAAAACUGCGAGGCGAGUCAUCGAUAAAAUUCAAGUUUCCAAGAAAGUUAAACAGCGUCCUUCUCGGCACACGGAGACUGCAUUUAACUGAUAGGUAUUUCUGGCGUCGGUAUCGAUUUUCCGGACUAAAGCUUGAAAAAAAUACUGAAUCACUCUUCAUCAAAAGCCGUAAAACUCUCCAAUGGGACAAGUCAAGCAAAGACGUUAAAGAAUGUACAUUACCUAAUCUGACUGAUAUCCAUCUUGAAUCUCGUUGGUCUGACUAUGCACUUCAAUUCACAACAGAAUUACUACACGUAAGUCGUAGGAUGAGUCGUAGUUUGAAGUUUGUCGAAGUAGAAAGUGUACAGCUAGGAGAUGUAGUAAUGAAGAGUGUUGAAUGGUCCAGAACAUCUUCAGAUUCUUCGUUGCAAAUUAAAGGUGCAUCAGCGGCUGUACCCAUAAUUGACUUAAUUGAUCUUACAACUAGUGACCUUAAAGAGGUUACCGUCCUUACCUUUUACAGUUGCAAGAUUGAUUUCGGUCAGUCUGAAAGUAAGUCCCCGCAAAGUCCGAAGGAACUUGGUUCACUGCGGGAAAUCAGGUUCGUUGGUUCAGAAAACCCACUUUCCGAAUCUGACAGGAACAAGCUGUCGGAGUUGUAUCCUAAUGUCAAAGUGACAGAAAAUCAGACGAGUCAGGAGUCAUCUGAAGAAUCCCAGGAGGGUGCAGGGAUACCUUUCAAGUUGGAUAAGGCCUCCUCUCAACCACUCAAAACCUCUCUAAUAGGCUCACAGAACCCUGAAGGCAGAGAAGAAGAAACAUCAUGGCAAGAAAAAGAAGAGGAAUUUGACGUCAACCAAGGAAGCCUGCCCCGUGAAUCAGGUUUUAUAGGAGUAGAAUAA